UUUGCCCACCAUGAGCAUCACCCCAGAGGUCAAGAGUCAUGGGAUGAAGUUUGCUGAGGAGCAGCUGCUAAAGCAUGGAUGGACUCAAGGCAAAGGACUAGGCCGGAAGGAGAAUGGCAUCACCCAGGCCAUCAAGGUGACUCUGAAGCAAGAUACUCAUGGGAUGGGACAUGAUCCUGCCAAGGAGUUCACACACCACUGGUGGAAUGAGCUUUUCAACAAGAUUGCAGCCAACUUGGUAGUAGAAACUGGGCAGGACGGAGUGCAGAUAAGACGCCUUUCCAAGAAGACCACUCAUAAUCAUCCCAAGCCGAACAUGCUGUAUCACAAGUUCGUGAAGCUGGCCACGCUGACUUCGGGUGGAGAGAAGCCAGACAGAAACUUGGAGAGUGGCAGUAAUGACGACAGCCAGGGGCCCAGGCCCCCAAAGAUCCUGACUGAUGAGAUGCUGCUCCAGGCCUGUGAGGGGCGAACAGCACACAAGGCUGCACGUCUUGGGAUCACAAUGAAGGCCAAGCUUGCUCGGCUAGAGGCCCAGGAGCAGGCCUUCCUGGCUCAUCUUAAAGGCCAUGUCUCUGAGGCCUCGCAGCCACAGUCUGAAAGCCAGCCCCCCAACCCCCCAAAAAAGAAAAGGAAACAGAAAGAGCCUAGAGCAACUGAGCACAGUGUGGAUGAGGAGCACCCAGAACACACUGAGCACAGCACCAGGAAAAGCAAAAAGAAGAAAAGACGACAUCAAGAGGAGGAGGUCUCAGAUGAGAGAGGGGGAACAGCCGUAGAGAGUGGAGAGGACGAGGCUGCGGGGCCCGGUGGGCUCGAGGAACCCUGGAGCAGAAAGCAAACCCGUCAGUCUCUUAAGAAAAAGAAGAAGAAGAAGAGACCGCACCCGUGAAGGGGAGAAGGGGAGGAAGAGACGGGGAUGUUGGGUGGAGAAGGAAGAGGGAAGGAUCCUGCAAGUGGUGUUGGGAGAAAGGAGGUGAUGAGCAGAGCGCACAGGGACCCCUGCCGCAGAGACAAGAAAAGGCAGCCUGAGGAGGACUUGAGCGUAGCUGAUGGGGACAGAGAGGAGACUGCUCUAGAGGGUGCAGCCAGGGAAGCAGGAAGCUCGCCCUGCGGUAACAGAAGCAACAAGAAGAGACAGCAGUGCAGGAAAGAGGAGGAGGUCUCGGAUGUAAGCUGCGAAUGUGACAAUGGCAGGACUGAGGAAAUAGAGAACAGAGGUAAGAAGAGGAGGCGGCAGCAACUCAGGGAGGAGAGAAGGAGAAUCAGCACUGACCAGAGCACCAAAAAGAAGAAACAGAAGAAGAGAGACUGA